AUGAAGCUUCCGGCUUUGCUGUUCAGCCUCGGGCUAAUAACAGGUGUGCUGUCGCAAGGAUUCGGACAGCAGCCCCCGCCAUUCCGACCGAUUCCCAAAUCGUUCGCGGUUCCUCCAAAGGCUCAACGGCGCCAACUGACGCAACAGCAGCAGACGCACAUUCUGAGCGACAUUCAAAAGCACCAACAUCGUUUCAAUCUGCAUCAGAACCAACGUUCCCCGAACGUGUUCAUACAACCGUCGAUUCAAAUACCGGUGCCUCCACAACCCCAUUCAAGGCAACCGUUCAGUGGCCCCAGUACACAGCAACACUUCCAGCCGAACGCACACUUCCACCAUCACUCGAACAACUUACAUCCACCACCACCACCAUCGGCCAAUGCACCGACCAACAGCUUCCGUACACCGUCCAGCCGACCAGGACCAAACUUUGGAGCACAAGUAAACCGCUACUACUUCCAGCACCACACGCAAACCACAUUCAUUCCAAAUUUUUUACAACUCUUACAGCAGGACACACGGCUGCCGCCUCAGCAGCGUUCCGUACAGAACCAACUACAGCAGGCCCAAUUCUUCAACGGACCUCCUCCACCACACACUAACGGUCCCACGUCCGUCGUACAGCCACUGAACAGCCAACCGUCCUUCCUGAACAGUAUCGAUACUCCCACCUUCGGUGGACCCCAAAGACCCAACACCCUCCAAGCUCCAUUCCUCCAAACUUCUCCCUCCUUUGCCGGUAAUGGGCAGGUUCGCUUCCCGAGCCAGCCGAACCCAUCGAACGUACCGAACCUUGGCCAACAACCCGUGCCACUCUUCCCUAACCAGCAGCUACCGCUUCAAAAUUCGCCUCAAAACUUCAAACUGUCUGGCCCAAAUGUUGGACAAUCGGCAUUCCCCGUGCAGCCGUCGUUCCACAGCCAAUCCAUAAACCCGAGUCUACAGUUUCCACCACUUGCGCAAACCGCCGGAACGAACUUCCAGCAGCCGUCUCCGCAAUUCCAGCAGCAGCAGCAACAGCAACAACUGCCGAGACUGCAACCCAACGUACCGUUCACACAGUCCUCCAAUAACUUCAACACCCAACCGGGCGUUGGAUUCCCACAAGCGCAACCUCAAAUUCAACCGUUCAACGGACCGCAGCAACCAGUGCAAAGUCAGUUUGGAAUUGGUCAGGCGAUAAACUUUAACGGUUUGCAACCGCAGCAACCACUCAGCUACCAACAGCAACAGGAGUACGAACGCCGGCUGAAGGACGAAAGUGAACGAAUUCGCGAACUGCAGGAAAAACAGAAGGUGAUCCAAAAGCAUGAACAGUUCCUGCAAAAACAGUACCAGAAGCAGCAAGUGAAGGUACAGCAGCUGCACCAGGAGUUCCUGAAGAAACAGCAAAAGAUCCUCCAGCAGCAGCAACAGUAUGACCAGGCACAGAAGACUGUCGUCCCGUCGCAGGUCCGUUCCCGCGAAGUGCUCCCAUCUGAACGGACACUCUUCGAAAAGACAGUCAAAAUGCAGACGAAACCAAUAGCCGAACCUACCACUGCAGCUAGCCCGUCCGGCACUGGUCAACUUUCGGUGAUUCCCCUAAAGCCCAACAGUAAGAAGGACUACAGCAGCAUCACGCAGUCGGAUCUGGACGUACUGCUCAGCUCGAACCGGCAGAACUUGUUCCAAACCAUCAAAACCGAGACGGCUAAACCGGCCAAGGCUAAACCAACAAAAGUCAAGUCUACGAAAGCGCUUGGACGCGACGAUCUGUUGAAGCAACUGAAGCUGGCACUCGCCGAAACUUCCCCAGAUCUCGGGGGUAAGAACUACAGCUCGACGGAUCUGGUUCUUCCGAAUGGCGAAAAGGUACAGGUCAUCCGUACGACCGAUCCGGAAAUUAUUAAGCGUGCUAACGCCAACUCUGAGGGUGUCCUGACCCAACAGCUCGAUUCACCCACCACACCGAAGCCGCUGUCCUUCGAGGACAUCGCACGCAGUGGUCUGCUUCCACCAGGUGCAGACUUUGAGCUGAUCAAGCAAACCGAAGACGGACAGAUCCAGGAGGUGGCAAAAAUUCCGCCUCAGAAGAAGGUUACCUUCGUCUAUCUGGAGGAACAAGAUGACGGUUCGUACAAGGUGCAGGGUGUAAAGGGAAGUGGAGACAAGGAGACGAAAACAUCCGGUGCCGAUGUCGACAGCAUUCUGAAGCGCAUCAAGAAUGGGGAGAUCCAGCUGCCUCCACCGUCGUCGGUGGUGUCCAAGGGAUCAUCCAAGCCGGAUUUGAUACUGGAUACACCAGUUACGACCACUGCCCCACGUCAUCAGCCGAUCAAGAAGGCAAAUUCAGUAACGAUCAUUCCGCACAGUACACCGAUCGAGGAUCACGCUUCGACGGCUUACCUUUCCGGCAGUACCGUACAGCAUACAGCUUCUCCAGCACCGGCCACCAUCUACGCCUCCACGCCUUCCCCCGCAAGCCCGAAUGGAGUUACCGCAUAUUCACCGGGGGCUUACUCUGGCAGCACCCUUCCACAGCUUGCGUCGGCCCGUCUCUCUACACCGGCUCCGAUUGCUGGCAACUUCCCAGUCGACAGUACGGCGCGUUUCUCUGAGGCGAACUCCGUUUACACACCUGCUACUGCCACAACGGCUAUACCGCCAGCAACACCAGCUCCUAGCAUCUAUCAGAGCACCAACACCGAGAAAUAUUUCUCCGAUGCUACGGCCGCCGCCAUUGAGCAGCAACAGCAGACGGCUAGCACCUAUCAACAUCAAACUAUUCACGCAUCACAUCAGCCAACUGCUAACGAUGUUGUACCGACGGCUUCCGCCUCCGAAACGGUAACGCAGCAGCAGCAGGACAACACCAAGGGCCCGCAAGACGACAACACGCAACAGCAGCAGAACGAACUGCCAGCAAUUCUCAAGAAUAACGGACUAUUUGCCAUGGCCAAAUAUCUCCGUCAGUCUGGUCUCGAUACGAUUCUGAAUGAAACGGGCCCGUACACGAUCUUUGUGCCGACCGACAAAGCCUUCCGCAGUCUGCUGGUCCAGCUGGGUGGACCCGAAAAGGCAGAGGAGAAGUUCCGCAACAAUCCACGCUUGUUGAGCGGGCUACUCUUGCACCAUGUCAUUCCUGGAUCGUUCGAAAUUGCUUCACUGCAGGAUGAAAUGACCGGUGUCUCUCUGGCUGGAACUCAGCUUCGUGUGAACCAGUACAACAUGCAUGACUCGGAAUGGAACGAUGUUAAGGUCACAACAAUCAACGGGGCUAUGGUCGUCCCAGACAAACAGGACAUAGUGAUUCCCCAGGGCAUUGCGCAUGCCGUCGAUCGUGUCAUGUUUCCGCUACCGGUUGGUGAUAUUCUUCAAACGCUGCAGUCAGACCGUGAGCGACGCUUUACUCACUUCCUGCGAGCACUGUUCGCAUCGGGCAUGUCGGAUACUCUCCAAAACAAAGGUAUCAAAACUUACACAGUAUUCGCACCGACCGAUGCCGCAUUUGCGCACCUCACGACGGAGGAACUCACCAACCUAGUCACGGAAAAGGACCAGGCGGAAGAACUCGUACGCAAGCAUGUCGUCCCGGGCACCCUGUUCACUGCUGGUAUGCGUUUCUACCAGGUUAAGGACGUUAUGGCGGAGGGCAAAACGGUAACGCUGCAGAAGACGGGCGGUAAAAUCAAGGUUAACGAUGGUUAUCUGCAGACGUCCAACAUCCCUACGACGAAUGGCGUCAUACAUGCUAUUGAUUCAUUGCUGUAA